CUGGCAUCACUGCUGGGCACUGACUGGCACAACUGCUGGGCACUGACUGGUGGCACUGACUGGCAGCACUGCUGGGCUGCACUGGUGGGUGGCACUGGUGGGCAGCACUGGUGGGUGGGCAUAGGUGGGUGGCACUGGUGGGCACAGGUGGGUGGGCACAGGUGGGUGGCACUGCUGGGCACAGGUAGGUGGCACUUCUGGGCACAGGUGCGUGACACUGCAGAGUGGCACAGGUGGGCGGAGCUAGUGGGCGCACUGCUGGGCACAGGUGGGCCGAACUUGUGGGUGGCACUGCUG